GACAACGACAGAUCAGCUGGUGAAGGUGACAUGAAUGGACUGAGUGAGACUGACUGCUGUUCCUAAUAAAGUGACCAGUGUCACAUGUAAUAAAGCAUCUGGACGCUUUGUGUCAUAGCGGAUCUCGUUCGUCUCUGACUGAAGGAGGAGUUCUCACAUUCUCUCGUCGUCUGUGCUUCUUGUGUUUUUCUCUGCGCGUUUCCUCCGAUGAUGAAACAGAGUGAAUGUAAAAGUAGGAAGUUCCAACGAGGACGUGGCCUCACACUCAUCACAGGACGUGAACGUUGAUCUGGACGAAGCAGCAGCUCAGAGACUGUGACAGAGACGACGAUGGCUGAGCUCAGAUGGAUCCAGAUGUUUGUGCUCAUGAUCCUGAUGCUUCAGUUCACAGCAGUAACUUCUAGAUUUUCCUACAUCACUGUCAGAGACGGAGAAGACGUCACUUUGUCUUGUCAGAAUGAGGUCAAUGAUGACGAUAAAUGUUCCCUGACUCACUGGUUCUUCAGAGUUUCACAAGAAGCUCCAGCAACAGCUCUGGUUAAAUCUGGACAGAUUGAUCAAACUCAGCUUCCCAGAUCCAGAUCAGACAGACUGAGUGUGACAGAGAAAUGUUCUCUGUUUAUAAAGAGCGUCACAGAGGAGGAUGUGGGUCAGUUUUUCUGCAGACAACGAGGCAGAGACUCUGGGUUUGAUCUGGCUGUUGUUAUCUUGACUGAACAAAAGAUGGAUCAUGGAGUCACAUUAAGCUGCUUUGUACAAAGAACUGGGAAAUGUGAACACACAGUGAAGUGGUUGUUUAAGAGUCAAACAGUGGGAAAAGAGCACCAAGAGUUCCAGCCUUCACAGACUUCCUGCUUUGCUUCUCAGUCAGUGAAAGAGUCUCAUUAUAUUUACUCAUCAAGAUUUACAGCUUUUCAAUGUGAAGUGACUGAUCCUGACGGAAAUAAGCAUCGGUUUUCAUUCAGACAAUCAGGUAGUGACUCAAAAACAACAGCAGCACCAACAACCACAAAAAUGUAUAAUGCAGGAAAUCAAAAAGGGUUGUCAGACUGGCAGUGGGCGCUCAUCGCUGUGACUGGGAUCAUUGCUGCAGUCGUAAUAGCUGUUCUCCUGAUGAGAAAACACGGGAAGAAAACGCAGAGAAAUGAAAACAUGGUCAAGUCUGAUUAUGACACAAAGCAGGCCGAUCCUCAGGACGAACAUUCCUACGCCUCCAUCAGCUUCACCCACAGCAGCGAUAGGGCCGAGGUUCAGAAUCUGCCUAAAGCUGCUGCCGUGACCUACAGCACAGUGAAAGCUUCCUCUGAUGACGGAGCCUCCGCUGACCUCAGCAGCCUCUACGCUGUCAUCGAGGAAGUAAAGUAGCCACAGGUCCUCUCCCCCAUCCUUUAUCCUCCAUCCUUUAUCCUCCAUCCUUCAU